CCAAAUUUUUAUCGCCAAACUAUCAAUACACCAAUACACUGGUAAACACAUCGAAUGGCACAUUUGUACCCGCUUCCAACCAACCUCAAGUUCGCCUUUGCGUUCAACGUGUGCUCAUUCACGGUAUGGUUUUGCUGCUUGUGCCGGUUUUUAAUUUUGCUCCCGCUUGUGGGCAGAAGGUUUCUUCCAGGAGGAAUAGCGGACUUCUUCCACGCAGUGUCGGUGUUACCGUUGAUGGAUUUCUUAAUCGUGAAGACGACCAUCAGCUUUAAGUUCUCUGCUACAGACAUAUGGCCACUUUUGAACGGAAUCCGAAUGGCGUGGGUGUGCUUUGGAGUGAUCUUUCCUCAUCCCACCAUUGCUAAACAUACCGCCUAUUCGUUUUUGAUCCUCUCGUGGUGCACCACGUAUAUCAUCCACUAUACGUACUACGCGUUCCGAAUCAAGACCCGGUCAUCGCCGUAUCUCCUUUUCUGGUUGAACUACAAUCAUUAUUGGGUAACGUUUCCUAUGGCGAUUGUGUCAGAAAUGGUUUUGGUAUUCCUCUCGUUGGGGUUUGUCAACGAGAACCUGUGGUUGGAAUUGGCCAUGAAAAUAACCAUUUUGGUAUACAUUCCUAUAGGCUACUUCGAGUGGGAGUAUAUCAAUAAGGUCAGGAUCGAGCGGUUUUACGACCUCAAGAAAAAGAUGAGAUCUAGUGGCUCCACCGGGGUGCCUACCCAAGUCAGCGAAGCUCCCACGACCCAGAUAUCCAGAACUUCAUCUCCACAUACCGAAGAAGUAGAGCUAAGGAACCUUCCUAAUGCCACCAGAAAUUAGGAGAUCAACACGAAAUAAAAAUUUCCAAUAUUGAAUACGUACAUUAAGAUAAAAUUAAAAAGUAGUCGAAUAUCAUUCAAGAAGAUCAGAAAACCUAAAAUACAGAGAAAGCCUAAAACGUUUUGGUUGGGUCUGAAAGUUGUCUAAAAUGCUGGUCCAUAAUCCUCUUACAAGAAAGAGAGCAGCUUUUGAUUCUUCAGCGUUUACACCAACCAAAAAUUGGGAAGCAGAUACAGCAAUAGCUAAAAUAACGUUCUUUGAAGAGAUCAUUGAGAAUUGAGUUGCAAAAAUAGAAAUUAUGAUAGUAAGAAUUGAACGGUAGGACUUGAAGUCUUUUGACGCUUUUCCAGAAAGAUGUGUGAUUAAGAACUAAUAGUAACUUUUCCCAAAAGCUAAUAGGUCUCGAAAAGAUUGGUUCUGAUUAAUUAUUUAUAAAGAAAACUUGAACAGCAGGCCAGUGGGCUUCUUUUAUAGCAUUGUGGCAUCGGCUUAAGCAACAACCAGGCCAAUGUUUUCAUAGGUUGGGAGGAUUGCAACAAUAAAGGUGAAAUAACAAUUUCAAUUGUUCGCUAUUACACAGUUUAGCUUAUAUUACCAGCUGCCAAUAAUAGUACUGUAUGACAGAAUUUUGUGGUUCAAUUCCAGGAUAUCAAUGGCCAGAGGCUCGCAAAACAAUAGUGCAACAAUCGCAUUAUGAUCAUCGAGCGAGCUAACCACUUCUGUGCUGAACCGACCUUUUUGGGG